AUGAUGAUGGAAAAAGCAGACGCUUUGGCACUGCAGAUGGGUCACGCGGACUUCAGCUGCAGCAAUGGCUGGUUCGAGCGGUUUAAGAAGCGAAAUAACGUGUCAUCGAAGCCUAUCCACGGCGAAAGCGGCAUUGUCGACGAACAGACUGCAGACGCGUGGCGCAACCUACGCCUCGCCGAGCUUCAAAAGGAGUACGCGGACAAGGACAUUUUUAACCUCGACGAAGCCACUCUCUUUUACAAGAUGCUGCCUAACCGCACAUACACACCAAAAGGUGAAGCGUGCUCAGGCGCUAAGCAACGAAAAGACGGGAUAACCAUUCUUUUUGGUGCCAACGCUACCGGCGAUGAAAAGCUGCCCCUCCUCAUCAUUGGCAAGUCGCUGAAUCCCGGGUGUUUCCGAAAUGCACGGCUCCCGAGGGAUGUGACCUACCGCGCAAAUAAAACGGCCUGGAUGACGGCGGCGCUUUUCGAAGAGCAUGUCCGUGCGCUUGACCGGAAGAUGGCAAAGGACGGUUGGAAAGUGUUGUUUGUUGUGGAUAACUGCCCCGGUCACGGAAAAAUCGACAACUUGGCGGCUGUUACGCUAGAGUUCCUGCCGGCGAACGUGACGUCCGUUCUCCAGCCAAUGGAUCAGGGAGUUAUUGAGAUGGCCCGCAAGUAUUAUAGGAAAAGCCUGCUGCACCGAAUUCUGCUGUCACACGACAAUGCGAAAAAGUAUGAAAUCGAUCUGCUGGGUGCAGUCAAUCUGAUGGCCGAAGCCUGGCGCCAACUACGCCCGCUGGAGAUUGCUAACUGCUUCGCACAUGCAGGGUUUUCUCGCGUCCCGGAAUUGAUUGAAGACAUUGGCGCAGAUUUCAGCGGCUGUGAUCAGCUGUGCAAUAAAGUGCACAAGGCAACUGGCUGCGUGAGCGAUACUGAAGACGGCGAGAUUGCCUUUGAGGAGUAUGCGCUCUACGAGGCGGACGUCCCCGUUACCGGAAUGCUGUUGGACACCGAUAUCGUUGAGAUGGCCGUGAACGACGCAGAUGACCAUGCAGGCGAGGAAGAGCCUCGAGAAGUGCCUACGACGACAGAAACACGUAACGUGCUGCGCUUGCUCCGCAACAAGGUCGAAUGCAGCGGUGGCGACCAACGGCUCAUGCGAUGUGUUGAGCAACUGGAGAACGCCUUUCUCGGAUCGAACGGGAAACAGCACGAAGUUUUUUGGUCCUCGAUUGCAGUGCACCACACAGUGACACCAUCGACAAAGGAAAUGACACUGCUGGAAUGGCAGCACUAG